UCUUUCUACUAAAACUAUACCAAUUAUUUUUUUAUCAAGCAACGAGCUCUUAAUUGGCUGGUUUUAUAAAUGUACGAUAAUUUCAUAUAUGUAGCCUUAACUCUUCUAAACGCAAUCGACUGUCAUUAAAAUGAGAACGUUGGCCACGUCUACUUUGUUUUGGCUAUUGUGGUUUAGCUCCCACAUUUGCUUGAAGUGUGAGGAGCGUAAUUUUCGGAUAAAGAUGGAUGAGUUUUCAGUUAAAUAUAAGGUGCGCGAUUUGAUACAGCAUAUAGAUUUCCGAAUCGUAAAUCUGAACAAUCGGAGUUACGUCAACGGCGAGAUGAUAGUGAAGUCUGAUGUGGAGGAUAUAAUAAUGCACACAAGCAUGGAUUUUUGGAAGAGAUCUAACCAAAAGAAAAUAAAACUAUAUGAUGGUCGUUUGGAUGCAUGUCAAUUCCUAAAAACUUCUCACCGCAAUGGAUUGUUUAAAAUUUACGUGAAAAGUUUUAAGAAGCACGUGCAUGGAAAUCUAACUUGUCCCUUAAGAAUGAAUUUCAACUAUACCCUGACAAAUUGGCAUAUGGAUGAGAAGGAUCUUCCUCCGUUUGUGCCUUUGGGAAAAUUUCGCACUGUCACCGAAUAUUUUACACAAGAACGAUUGGCACUGCGAAUUGUGACGCAAGGAAAAGUGCUUUCUUACAGGACGAAUUGAAAAUGGCGUGUAUCAGGAAACAUUUGGAGCGCAUUUUGUGUAUAAGGAUGCGAAAAGACCCCCAACAUUAAAUUUUUACUUUGGCAUCUGCUCACAACAAUCUUUCUUGCUUACAAUAUAUUUUAUAUUAUAAAAAUUCAAAUAAACGUGUCAUUAGCAACAAUUGUAUAAUGAAUAAUGGUUUAAAUAGCUCGUUGUAAAACUUCAAAGAAACUAAAUUAUACUACUAGGGAACAAAUAUAAUUAAAAAGAAAGCUUUAAUAAAAAUCGUCAACAUUUUUGUAGUGUAAUUAUAUGAAGAUAUGUAUGCAUAUCAUUAGCAACAAUUGUAUAAUGAAUAAUGGUUUAAAAAGCUCGUUGUAAAACUUCAAAGAAACUAAAUUAUACUACUAGGGAACAAAUAUUAAUAAAAAGAAAGCUUUAAU